CCUCUCUUCGAUUUGUAGAGUUUCUAUUAAAGAAUUCUACCCAAGCUAGUGGCCUCAAAUCCGUUAUAAAACUAGGUAUGCAAGCCAAUAAUAUUAACAAUCAGUAAAAUGUUUUGCUACCGGUCUAAUGAGAAUAUUUUAUCAAUGUACAGUGCAAAAAUCAAUAUCAAAUUAUGAGAAAAUUUGAAAUAUUAUUUAUGUACAAUUCUAAAAACAAUCGGCUGUAAUAGAACUGCAGCUGAAAGUUUGUGGUCGUUUACAAUAAACAUAACCCACGGAAAGCCAGAAAAAAAUGUGGCAACAAAUUCUGCCUGAUAAUAGAUCCGCCUUUCGUCAUAUUUAUAUAGUUUUAUCAUUUUAAAUGUCAUUAAAUUUUGUUUACUUGCAUAUUGUUGAUAAAAAAUGAAUUUUCAAAUCAGUGUUUUGGUACGGAAAAUAGAUUUCGAUGGAAUUCGCUGUAACAAGCAGAUACGUUGCCAUGGUUACUAGCUAGCGUUGUUUAGUUGUGGUUUUUGUCUCCGCCAGUGCUUUUUGAAAAGGUGAUGGCUUUGUUUCUCUGUUUCUAAAAGCAUUAAACCUGUUCCUGUAGUUAUUAUAUACGUUUCGUUUUUAUACUCGUUUGAAAAACGGUUACCGGAACUGAUAAUCAACAUGGUCGUUAAAGACAGAAGAUCCAAUGUUAAAAAAGAUUCUUUGCAACCUUCAGCAGCACCCACGAUUCCCAAUGAUACAAAGGUUUUAAGAAGAAUAAUUGCAGAAGAUCCUGAUUGGUCAUUAGCAACAGUACCUCUUUUGAAAGAUUUAGUGAUAAACCAUAUUGUUGACAAUUUUGAAAAAAAUCCAAUACUGAAAGAACUUCAUCCAAAAGAUAAAAACAAAGUUCUUGAUAAAAUUGCACCAAAAAUAGAUAUCAUUGUAACAGCUCACUUGGUUGAAGAUGAAUCCUAUUGGAAAAGAUGUUGUAAAGCUAAAUACCAUAUAUGUGACGUCACCAAUUAUGGAGGAAGCUGGAAAAGGAUGUUUUUUGAAAGAUAUAUGCAAGAUGUUGUGGAAAAUUUUGUACCAGAGAAAACCAGCGAUAAUGUAGUUACAAACGCCAUUCCCCUAUGCUCGAAAUAUGUCAAAAGAUUAGACAUCAAACAACUUCUUCCUCCUGUAAAAGAACCAACGAAACCCGGAGUUCAAGAGGAAGAAGCAUCAGAUAUGGGAAGUGAUGCAGGAACGGAAAGUCCUGAAAUGGACCACUUUGAAUUUGGAGAACUUCUGGAGAAACUUCCGAAUUUGGAAGAAUUCAAAGUAACUUAUGGUGUGCGAGAUUGUGGAAUGAACUUUGAAUGGAAUCUUUUUCAAUUCACACAACGAGAUUGUCUUCUAGUUGCAAAAGCACUGCGAUCCUGCACAUGGUUGAAAAAAAUAUGUGUUCAUAAAAGCAAGGUAGAUGACGCAAAAGUGCGAGUUUUAGUUAGCAAUCUUCUCGAUCAUCCUUGCCUCACUAAUCUGGAUCUUUCACAUAAUUGCAUCGGUGAUAAGGGUGCAAGAGGAAUCGCAAAACUUAUUAACAACAGAUGCCCAAACCUCACUUCAAUUACCCUUUGUGAUAACAUCAUAAGACAAGAAGGAGCAAAAGCAAUUGCAUAUUCCAUCACAAAAAAUUCAAAAUUGAAGGCUCUCAACCUGAGAUUGAACAGAAUGGGUGAUGUUGGUGGUCAGGCCAUUGCAAAAGCACUUUUAAACAACAACACAUUAGAAGAUAUCAACUUAUCAUGUAACGACUUGACUGAACCAUCAGCUGCUGUUUUCUCUCAAGUUCUCAUAUCUAACACUGCAUUAACAACAAUAAGUCUUUCAGGAAACAGAAUUGGGCCAGAUGGUGGCAAGCAACUUCAAGAAGGCAUGGAAGAGAACAGCACAAUCACAGAGUUGGAUUUGCGAUUGACAGAAUCUGGUCAGGAAAGUGAGUAUUGUAUCCAACAAGUUCUCAAAGAGAACCAAGAAAAAGCAAGAUUAAAGGAAUUAGAGAGAAUUCCUUCAGCAUCUACAGUCGCCACAUAAAGAAACUAGUUUUGUGUUUAUUUUAUUGUGUUUACAUCUGUCUAAUAUUAUUGUACAAUUGAAUAAAUUUUUAACCUGU